AUGUUAACUGGCAGUUUCCCACCACUUAGUACAGGGCCGCUCCGCUCUGCAAGGGGGCCCAGGAGACAGGAGACAGGGGAGGGAGGAGCUCAUCUCAGGUAUAAAGGGGGAGAGGCAGCAGGUCUCAGCAGCAGCCAGCACCACAGGGAGCUACCUGAGGCCCUCAACACCGCGAACACCACUGGGAGACAGACACAGACCAAGAUGAGAGCCAUUGUAAUGUUGUGCUUGCUGGGAGCAGCCCUUGCCCAGGAUCAGAAUCAGAAUCAGAACAGGUACUCCUGGAACGGGCCCAAUGGAAAUGGAAAAGAGGUGGAGACCGGCACGGAUAACGUGUGUCUGAUGGACAAGUCAGCGUGUGGCUGCUGCUUGAUGCAGAGGCAGAUGACUCGCAUGGAGACCUUCUUCAACACGACCAUGCAGGAGCUGCAGGCCAACCUUCAGAGGGCCCAGGCUGCACUCCGCAACCUCCGUGCGAGCCGCAGCGCUUUCUCCGUGGCCCUGACCGACGUGCGCACCUGCGUGGGCCCCUUCCGCGAGGAGACCGUCAUCAAGUACCAGCACGUCUUCACCAACCUGGGUAGCAACUACGUUGUCUCCACGGGCGUCUACACGGCGCCGCGCUCCGGCGUCUACAACCUGGCGCUGACCGCCUACAGCGACGCUGGCUCCCCUGGCGCCACCCUGGCCGCCUGCGUGCGCCUGAGGAUCAACGGGACGCCGCACGCCGCGCCGAACGAGCGGAACAUGCAGGACCAGGAGGACAGUGCCAGCGUGACCAUGGCCGUGCAGCUCAGCGCCGGUGACCAGGUGGACGUGGUGCUGCCCACAGGCUGCUUCCUCUGCGACGACGAGCAGCAUCACAACCUCUUCUCCGGAUUCCUGCUCUACCCCACCGACUGA